ACAUCACAUUUCCAUUCUACUUUACUAUUUGCAUAUAAUCCAUGUCAGUGGUGAUGUACUUUUUUUCCUCUGUAGGUACUGAUGGUGGAAAGUGAAUUUGCCACGUGGAAUCGAUUAAUUACAUUAUAGUCUUUGAUUUCUUUGAUUUGGACAAGGGUAAUGCAGAUGUCACAAGCAUUAAAAAAGUCUGAAAAUCUUUUUCAAAUUUCUUGUAAUGAGCAUCAGCAAAAAUACUGCACUGUCUGAACAUGUGCUCUAAACCCCUGACACCUGUAUUUUAUCUUGUCACGAUCUCGUGCAAGAGACAGAAACCCAGUGCAGCAAAUAUGAUUCUCCGUGUGGGCUUUGAAGAAGAGGAGGGGGACUGCUGAACACUACCUUAUCAAACCACAGAUCUGAGCUGCUAUCUAGCAUCACGUCCGAAAGCAUUUAAAAUGUGGUGCAGACUCAAAUUGUCUCAGACAACUGUAACAGCUCAUUAUCAAAGCUUGAAGAUCAACUUCAGAAGAGAAACCAUGAGGGCGACUUCUAUGUGUCUGGUGUUUGGACUGGUCCUGCUGAUGACCUGCGCUUCUGAGGCUCAACUGGCCCCAGCAGUUCCUGAGAAUUGUUGCUUCAAUUUUAUCGACUUCAAAAUUCCUCCCCAAAAAAUUGUGAGUGCUUGGAGGACAGGUUCACAUUGCCCCGUCGCUGGCGUUGUGAUUAAAACACCAAAAGCAGAAUUUUGUGGGAAACCGGAUGAGACUUGGGUUCAGAAUGCACUAAAAAAAAAAGAUAAUUGAAAACAUACAAACAAAAAAUACUGCUGUUCCUAUGUUCAAUUAUUCUUAAAUGAAAUGUUUUGUAUCUUAUAAAUACUGCAAGAUACUGAAUGUGCAAACUCUUUUCAUCUUGGCUCAAUCUACGCAAAUACAUAUUAAAAUGCAUCGAGAUUA